UCUUCUCUACUCUUUUUCCUCUCCCUAUUGGGUUUUCCUCGUCUCCAGACUAUUGCAGUUGUUGACAUCGGCAGCGCCGCCUUCCUACUUGUCUUUACUUGCGUCUCUUCGACUACUUGUUCCGCCUAGUCUUUUGUCACUUCGACACCAUGAUUAAAUCCGUUCUUGUGGCCACUUCCAUGCUAACGUUUGCCUACGGUCAUGCUGUCAUCACUGCUGUUGCCGGCGACAAUGGAGUCACUACCAGUGGCUUUGGCGUUACCACUGACGGCAGUAUACCUCGAAAUGGUACGACGGAGCAGCCUUUCCAGCUGGAUACUCCUGUACUUAAGAACCUUGUUGAUGAUCCUUGUGGUGCCACUCUGCUAGGUGGCUCAAUCGGGAUGACCUCAUCUCUUGCUACCGCAAUAACUCAAGGCGGAGGCAACCUGCCCUCACUCGCUGCCGAUAACUCAAUCUCGUUCACUUUGCACCAAGUGAACGCGGACGGAGGAGGACCAUUCUCCGCUAUGGUUAACACCGACGCUACAGGUCAGACCUGGACUUCUGCGUUAAUCACUCAACAGCCUCCUGGCGCGAACGGGCUUCUUAGUGGUGGACCUGUUGAUUCCCAGGUUACGGCCGCACUUCCUGCGGGGACUACAUGCACUGGUACCAGUGCUGAUGGGUCUAUUUCGAACAUCUGUUUGAUUCGGAUUAGUAACGGUGGUACGGGGAAUGAAGCCGCCUCGCUAGCGUCAUUCGCGAAUGGGGCUGGUCCUUUUGGGGGCUGUUUCGCUGUUACUACUUCAUCGACUAACGUUUCUGCUGCUGCCACCACUACCAGCGCUUCCGCAGCCGCGGUCGCUGCCACUACAGCAGCAGCAACUACCACUAAGACGACCAAAAAGAACAAGAACAAUCGGUCGCUCGAGCUCAUUGGCCGACUUGCUCCCGGUUUGAUGCGCCGUAAAUCCGAGCUUGACGCACUGGUUGCCCAAAAUCGUGCUCUCGAGGAAGACAUUCAGCUUAAGGUUCGCGAACUUGAGGAACGCCAAUUGUUGACUGUGGCAAUGAUGGAUGAGAUUGCGACCGCCGUUGGUACAGCUGAUGAUAUCCCCGUCGACGCAUUCGCUGGCCAAAUCGACGAAGCUGCCAACGGUGGUAACUCGUCAACUUCUAGCACUGCCAAAUUGAGCCUCCAAGAUGCCGUCAACCUGAAAGCAGCACUUCGUACUCAAGUAGAGGGUGUUCUCGCCGCUUUCGCUGCGAACCAGAAUGCUUCUCUUCUUACCGCUGGUUCAAACUUCAACUUUACAGGAAACUUGACCACAGAGACUGUCGCCCAAGCGAACAGCGAUGCGGAUGCAGCUCAGGCAGCAGGUACGACAAGUAUCAAUGCUGGAAACGCAGGAGUAGGUGAAGUACAGACUGCAAUAAAGAACUCGCUUCUAGGUGAAGUGUCCACCGUUCAGUCGGUGACAAAUGGCGCGACUCUAUUAGGUGCCUCCCCAACAACUGCGGCUGCUGUUGCGACGACCACAGCUGCCGCUGCGGCAACCACUACAGCAGCUGCGUCAGUUUCUUCAGCAGCUGCAGCGGCUGUCACGUCUACCACGACGAACAAAAAGUCAAAGAACAACAAGGCGAGCACGAAUAAUGCUGCGUCGAACAAGGAUGACAAAUCUGCCCGCGCAUUGAACAAGAGACUCUUGCGAUCUAGAGUUAGGGCGGUAUUUGAUGAUGUCGAGUGAGCUGGGUCUCUUUUUAAAAGGAUUAGACAGAAGUAUUUUGAUAGAGUUCGACUGAGUCUUGUAAGUACGAUAGAGAAUUAGGAAAAAUGUGCAGGUGCCAACAAAUAGCUUAGGCAGUUACUAGGGAGUUCAAAUGCCGAGUUGUUAAUGCUUGCGCAUGCAAGUAACAUUAGCAAGCUCACCAAGUUAAGAAUAGCUCAACGUACUAAACAGUCAAUUUGGAUUCUUAGAGCUGAAGUUUUCUCGUUAAUUGCAUCAAGACCGUUUGAUUUCUUACGACGUAUAUUGGACUGAACCCAUCCCAUACGUAGCAGUUUACGCAUUGUAUUGCAAAAACAUUGUCCAUUUAUCACAGUUAGUAAGUACAGAAGCUUGGAAGUCCAUAAGAUUCAGAGCCCUUCAGCACACGAACUGAUUGUUACAAUGGCUCAAAAGCUUAACGUAUUAAAGCUCGGUGAAGUCCCACAACUGCUGUGGGCUCCCUGUGCAUUCCAUCG